CUCACUCAAAUUCCCGUCAUAAUUACCACUUGCCGAAUCAACAGCGCUGUCUCAGGGAACUGCGCUAUCAGCACGCACAUCCGUCCUCGCCUUGCCUUUCGCACCCGUAGUGGUGGGAACUCAACUCUCGCUAGAUUUGCAGUCGUACGUCGUAACGACCAAGAUCACCAGCUCUUUCACGUUUCAAACAAGCGACGAUGACCUUACCGCCGACGCUCAACUCCAGAGACACUAUCCUCGCUGUGUUCGACCAGUUCAGGGAGGAACUUGAUGACCACAACGAUAGGAGAGAGCGGCUCAUCAAGUCCAGCCGCGAUGUCACCAACCUCUCCAAGAAAGUGAUUUUUCUUCUUCAUCGCACCAUGACGGAGGAUGUCGGGGAGGCCGACGACCGUACUCUCGGCAGUCGCGCUGCUUCGCGGGCCAGAGGCAAACUGAAGGAAAUUCAGUCCCUUUUUGCGGGGAUGCGCCCAGAAUUGUCCGGCGAUAAAUACGCGCGUUACCAGAGAAACGUCUCGCCAGGUCUACAAGAGUACAUUGAGGCUCUCAGCUUCGCGCACUACCUGGAGCAUAGAGCGUUGAUCUCGUAUGAAGAAGUGCAGCGCUCCUUGUGCGACGAUGACGGCACCCCGUACUUCCCUCUAUCACUUGAGGACUACCUCCUCGGUCUGUCUGACCUCACGGGCGAGCUCAUGCGAUUUGCCAUUGCCUCGAUAUCACGGCGCGGCGGUCGGCAAAAGGCCAAUGACGUUUGCCAUUUUGUACGGGAUUGUAAAGCAGACUUUGAAGGCCUGACGCCAUAUUUCCGAGACUUGCGUAAGAAACAAGCGGUGACCGGACAAUCGCUGGAAAAGAUCGAGGACGCUGCGUAUGCGGUCGCUGUGCGGACGUCGGAGUUCGACUUGCCAUCGGAGAUGCUGGACGAUCUGGUCGCGCAGAUGGUGUCCCGUACAGCAGACCGGAGCGGCUUUGGCGACGAAUCCGGCAGAAGAAAAACGAGGGAGACAGACUACAUGGACGCGGACGACUGAUACUUAGUCACCCCGAAGUGCAUGUAAAGAGCUCGUGUAGGAUAUGUGCUUGGAGGGGCCGACCCUUCGCGUUGAUUCUGCGACAUAUGGUUAUCGCCUGUUAUGUAAUGACAGCAACCAAUCGCUACGUUCCUG